UGUGCCCAUUUUUCUUGCCAUUCUGCAACAUAUUGCUCUUUUAGGUGUCUUCUGAUGUCACUUGCCACCAUGAAAUUUACAUCUGUCUGCUGGUUCGAUAUCGCUCUACGAGCGGCCUGGUCUGCUUGUUCGUUGCCAAAGAUACCAACGUGGCUAGGGACCCAAAUAAAUUCGAGUGAUUUACCUUGCUCCGAAAUACGAUGUAUAGCAGACUGUAGCAUGAUGUUCAUCGGAUCUGUGUUGUAGAUUUUCUUUAGCCCAUUUAGGAUAUUCAUACAGUCCGUAACAACUAAAAAUCGGUUGUUUUCCAUCAUUGAACAGUAUAGCACAGCCUGCCAUAGGGCAUACUGCUCUGCAAAGAUGGGCGAAGAGUUUGUAUUCAAGCUCCACUCGUAUGCUACGCCCUCGGUGACUAUAGCACUUCCCACCCCAUACGCGUUCUUGGACCCAUCCGUGUACACAGGUUGGUAUGAGGGAUAUUCGUUAAGGAGGUUCUCGUAUGCCUGCAGGUACCUUCCACGGGACAGUGUCCAGCAUCAUUUCAUGGAGCGGCGCUGGAGGGACUAUUCGGCGUUGCUCGAGAUGUUCCUGGAAUCUGAUACAGGCAGGGCGGGUAAUGGUAGGUUUCAGUCUGUACAACUGCAUGUCUAUGUUGAGUAUCACCCUAUUAGGAUGUAAUGGCAAUGAUGAAAUUUUAGUCAUAUAGCUUGCAAUUAGU